CUCGUUGGACCGAACGCUGAAACGCUCGGAGGAAAGGCGGCGAGGAAGCCAAUCCGGUUCGCCGCUUUCGCCGCGUAUGGCGGCGGGCAAAGUUAUAAAUAAUGCCCAUCGCCCUCCUGUGCGUAUUCACCUUUACAUAAUGACCGGCGGAAGACGGCCGACGAAUUCUCGGAUCGGGUGUCAGAUGAAAAGACACGGGAAAACCCCUGAAACCUGGCGGCGGUCACCGUGCCCGGCGUAACCCGUCCCGCCGAAUCUCCCGAUCCGAUACCCUACGAUCGCGAUUUUCGGCUCGAACGAGUCUCCUCGACGAUCCUCGAAAAUAUUCGUGCUUCUAGAAUCCCGAGGGCCGCGUUACGAGCAGCGUAUAGGGGACAUGUCGCCCUCUCGAACGUUAGUGCACCGGUGCGGCCCCGCGACGGCUGUGAGUUAAUAGACGCGCCGCGACUGACUCAUGGAACCGCGCGGCAAUGAGUAACACCUAAGAAAAUCCGUGACCGUUUCGAGGAGUUUGAGAGGGCAGCCUCUUUGUGCUACGUGGUUCGAGAUGCUCGCCGUGGCGGCCGAGAAGAAAGAAAGAAAGAAUCUUCGAUCGUGGAGCACGCUCGAGCAGGAUGAUAAUGGUGACGCGUUCCUCCUGAAAAGGGCCGAGCCGGAGAGCAAAGUUCGUUCUCCCGAUAAAGACAUCGCUCGCGAAACGGUAGCCGAGCAUGAUUCGUCGCGCGUUCGAGAUCGACGAUAGCGCCGGUCAAAUCGUUCCAGUUCUCGUUUCCUCGAGACCGGGUCUCGAAAAUGUCGGCGAUCCUGUUGCAGUGCGUCGGGCACUGCUUCCACAGAAGAAGAACGGGCGCAGGCAUGCACUGCCUAGGCGCGGUGAUAGGAGGCAUUCCCAGCCCGAAUGGGGUUGGCGGUCGGGGUGGCAUUCUCAGCGUGUUCCGAGCCCUUGGAGUCCUUGUGUCCGAAGGGAGGAUUCAGGGCCCUCCACGUGGUUACAGAGAGGGCCCACACUGUGCGGCGCCCAUGCAGGCGGCUUCUAACGACCAUGUGUGCGAGGAAGAUAAUUAUUUGUGCGAUCGAUACCUUGUGCUGGUGCGAGAGAUCGCCGAUCGUACAGCGAUCGGCUCGUACUUGUGCAUCGAAGUGAUGCUUUGCAGCGACUGUCCGUGCGGCCUGGCCAAAGCGAGGAACAAGAACCCGAUCAGUACCGUCCCGUCCUUAUCAAUCUCACCAUGGCAACACGCGUCGGAGAUGCUGCUGGAGUACUGGUGUAUCUGCGUCGUUCCCAGCAAGAGUCCAGAGACGAUGAACUUCUACGGGUUGUACCAAGCGGUUCGUUCCCGGCUUCACUUCAGUCAAGUCGCGGCCUGGUGGUCCAGAAGCAAGGGCGCCGAUCCGAGCUACAUCACGACGAGGGUGGUUCCAUUCAACGAGGAUAAUCUGAGAAAGUUUCGCGAGACUCCCGUCGAGCAUACCUUCCCCCUGGCUGGCAGCGGCGAUGGAAAUUCGAUAAAGGUCACCGUGUGGGCACUGCCGAGGAUGGAGGAGGUACCGACUCUCACCUGCCCGUUGCAUCCGAUCAAAGAGAAAGACGAAGAGGGUGUCGCGAGAGCUUUGACGCCCACCAAGGCGAUCCCGGUCCCCAACGCUGCCCAGAACUCCGAGGGCCUCGUUCUACCCGUUCUAGUGGACGACAGAAUGCAGACGUCCUGCGACAAGCUGGGGAAACACCACUGCCGCUGCGAGGAGGACGACGCUUCGCCACCCUCGCCUUCGAUCCCGCGACCAAACGGCGAGAGGAAACGACGUCGAUCUCUGCCUUGCGGACCGACGGACGUGAACACGGUGACGGUACAGCCGAUGCCGUUGCCGUCGCUGCAGGAGACUGUAACGCAAGAGACCAAGUGCAGUCAGAGCUCCAGCUACCCGAAAUGUUCCGCCGAGAUCUCGAACAAUCGCGGCAAGCCUGUCCAAGGCCAGAGCUGCAAGCUGGAGGAGAACGGGCUCAAGAACCGGAACAAUCUGAACGCCGACAACCUGGAGCGCUGCUUCAAGACUCAGCUGAGCAUCGAGGAACGCGACGGGAACGUGGAGAAGCGGUACAAGAGGUCGCUCGAGGAAACGGAGGCGGCGAAACAGACUAACUUGAAGGAGAAGCAGUGCAAUUUGGAGAAGGACGCGCAAGCUGGUGGCAAAAAGAUGACCAAGGACGUGGAGACGAAGCCCGCGGAGAAGAACGGGCUGUUCGAGAACCUGAUUCCGUUCAAUUCCUCGUUGCCGUGGUCGUUCGUCGAGUCCUGGAACAACAGCACCGCGAACAGCAAAUGCGCGUUCCAGAGCCUGCGUGGGAACAAGGACAGCUACUUCAACGACUCCGAGAGAACCGUCAAACCGGCCGUGUCGAAGGACACGAGUAUCAUGAUCAAUCCGUUCAGGCAACCGAGUCCCUUUCACGAGUCAAAUCCUGGCCCGUCGACGAAUAACCGGCUGAAACAGGAGUCCUUGAACUCUGUCUGCAUGGUGCACCAGAGCUGCACCAAGCCCUCGAACAAGCUGUCCGCGACAGUUUGUGCCGGACAGGACGUGUCGGAGUCCGGCUUGGACGGUGCCGCUAACAACAAGACCAGGACCGGGAAGGAUCUGAGUCAGUUGAUGUCGAAGCUGACGUUCCCGGAGGAGAAGGAGAAGGUCAAGGAGGAGGGAGGGUUCUUGGAGUGGUUCGCCAAGGUGCCGGGAAGGGUGCUGGGCGUCGCGCCGGGCAACGGCUACGUGGAGAACAAGGUGAAGUCGACGAACCUGAAGAGCCAGGAGCAGGGGACCGAGGUGAAGUUCAAGAACUGCAAUCUCGAGCUGAGUCAGCGGGAGUUCGACGAGGUGCUGGCGGUGCUGAGGGCCAGGACACCCUCGGGUCGCAAGAGGACCAGCGUGAAAACGCUCAGGAGGAGGGACAGAUCGGAGAAGUCGGGCGAGGACAGCUCCGACAGGAAGUACGCGAAUUUGGAGAAUGGCGAAUGCUCGACCAACAACAUAGCGAACCGCGGCAAGGGCUGCGACGGCUGCAGCCACAAGCUGUGCCGAAAGAACGACCAGCAAGCUCUGGAGAAGACCCACUUCGGCGAGAUCUAUGGCAAUAAGAAUAUUUACAACCCCUCGCAGAAGCGGGAGAAGCUGAACGGCGGCUCCGUCGAGGAUCUGCAGAGCCUGAAGUGCACCAACACCGAGAAACGGCCGAACGAGCCGGCGGACUGUCUGCAGAACGUCUCGAACAAGGCGGACAUACUAUUGGGAGCAAUCUUACGAACGAGUAAGGAACGAAGAAGCCUGCCAGAGGUUUCGAGCGGGACCAAGCCGAGGUCCGCGACGUCGGCGGCCGCAACCGAGACGGAGAACGUCGUCCGAAGCAACUUGGACGCAGAGAGGAUAGCCGCGCUGGAGGACGAGAAGUCGUUGCACGUGGCGCUGAACAAGAAGUUCAACAGGAUCCGGCAGCUGUUCAAGAAGGAACAGGAGAAGAAGGCGAUGACGGAGAACGGCUGUCAGGAGUCGGAGCAGCCGACGACGGUUCAGCGCUCGUUCUCGUACAACAACGUGCAACCGAGCUUGCACGAUCCAAAGAACUCGAGGGACACCAAGACGAAGAGGCGGAUCGACUUCGCGAACCUCGAGCAGUCGGAGAGGAAGAGUGAGGCGUGCACCGAUCCUUCAGAGCUUAGUACAAAUGGCGCACAUCAAAACUCAAGAACCUAUAGUACAAAUUACAAGGAGGACAGCGGAGCCGGACGCGACGAUCCGGACACGCUCAAGUGGCAGAACAGACUGUAUAGUACAAACCAGGAGGAUUUGGCGGCUGUCGAGCCGAGGGAGGAGGACGACAAGGCUGCCCCGAAGCUGGCCAAGGACGCCAAAUCGAUACGGAGCAGCGCGAAGGACAAUACGGCGAUCUUGGAGGAGGACGAAACCCUCGACAGGGUGGUACCCACUGCCAUCGAGCAAGAGAGAUUCCGGAGGUCUCUGGAGAACGCGGCAUCGAUGGUGUUUCACAGCAGGACGGGCCUGCCGCUGACUUCCAGCCCGGCACCUCUCAGGAGAGGCAGCUGUUGCUUCGAUUACGACAGUAGUUUGAACUCGGUGUCGUCCAAAAGAAGCGCACUUUUCGAGUUGAACACCCCGCCGAGUCCGGGAGCGGUCUCCUUGGAGGAGACCGACAGGGAGACCGAGAACGCUGGGGAAGGGGAGGAGACACCGAAGAGGCGGCCGACUUCUCGCAGCAGGCCGCAGAGUCAUGCUCUUCUGGGCAGCUUCGAGGAGUCGGCGUUGAACGGAAGACUCGAACCUGUGUCGACGGUUCACGGUUUCACGGCGGAGCUGGGCGCGAGCGGUUCCUUCUGCCCGAAACAUCGAAAGCUUCCGGUCACCGUGUUCUUUUACACACUCGGUGACAAUGAUAAAGUUUCUACACCCUAUCUCGCACAUAUUAAUUUGGGGAAAAAGGGCUACCAAGUACCAAGGAGUGGUACUAUUCAAGUAACGCUUCUGAAUCCCUUGGGUACAGUCGUUAAGAUGUUCGUAGUACUAUACGAUCUUUCUGAUAUGCCGCCACGAUCUCAUACUUUUUUACGUCAGAGAACACUGCGGGACAAAACGCUACGCUACCUCGUUCAUCUUAGAUUCAUGUCCGGCAAGUCGGGCCGAAUUUACUUGCAUACGGACAUCCGUAUGAUCAUUUGUCGAAAGUCCGACGUCGACACGGCGUCGGACUUCGGGUCAGAGCCACCAAAGGAACUCCGGAGCUAUAUCCACGGCCCUACCAAUCCAAAAUUUUCGCCAAGGUGCUGAGCCAUGUGGCUCUUUCCAUGGGGUUGCUGCCAGUCGCUCCGCUCGCCUAGCCCCCUUUACGCAGAGGUUUAAAUUCGAACGGGUUUUAUCGUGAGAGAAGUGCAUCGAUCGGUUGGAGAAAGGCUGGGCCACGAACGAUCUCUGAUAAUAAAAGGACUUCGGAAUCUUUUAUGCAUUUACAACAGCCCAUUGAGUUUCACGAUCAAUCGAAAAAGAACACAGUUUCUAUUACAAGAACACUCGGUGUUUAUACACUCGGCAGAUACAACAGUGUGCAAUCCUUUGAAAUCGACAUGUUACUUCGACUUUGGUUUUCUAGAUUUGUACUUGCAUAUAAGUCCGAGGUCUAUAAGAGGCCGUCUGGGAGGAGAGAAUGCGUCGGACGACAGAGCCUUUGUCCAGAGAUGGUUGUGGAUUGGAUCGUACGAAACGCGAGCGUUUCGUAAAAGUUGGGAGAUGGAUUUUUUUUUUAAACACUGCGUACCUUUCUUCGCGGGAACAGAGACUUUUUUUGUAUGCGAAGAAAGGAUAGUGAUUAUUUAUCAUAGGAGGGUCGGACGUGUUUUUGGAAAGAAAUGUUUCUAAAUGGGCGACGUUUUUUUUGAGAGAGAAAGAGAGAGAGAGAGAGAGAGAAAGAGAAAUGUUUGAGCAGCGAGGGAGGCAUGCUAAGGGGAACAUUUUGUAAUUGUUUCGUAUAAGAGCCGCUGCUUACCGUUUCGGAGAAGGUAAGACUCGCGGUUCCAUUGUUUCUUUUUGUUCGUUCAGCGAUUAUUUAAUUUAUAACACGAAAGAUAUCGUCGUCGGCUUGCGAUCGUUUCUUCUAAUUCUGUUUUGGUGUUCGACGAUCGAUGUAAAAUUAUUUUCGAUUGUUUUUCUAUUUUCCGCGCGUAGUUUUCGCAUCGACUUGUUAAUUAAGUUUGAAUUCGAAUAAUCGGUCGGAUCUUUGUUGUCUUUCAAAAAUUCAAACGUUGCCAGCUGCCGGGCCCACGGACCCUGGAUCAUAAGCUUGAUCUCCUUGGAAGGCCAUCUUCUCGAUAUAUUGUUGUAAAUAGAAGUCACGUAUAAAGUCGAAUAAGAAUUCUUUUUUAACGGAAUGAUACCGUCGCGUCGUGUGUGUGUGUGUAGCACCCAUUUGUUUAAAGACAGAGAUGAAAGAUAAGGAGAAUAUAAAAGAAAGAAAGAAAGAAAGAAGGAAGGGACGGAGGUGAGAAGAAGAGUUAAGAUUAAGUAAGCGGCACGAGCAUAGAAAACGUCAAAAAUCGGGUCUCUCGUUGACAUCGAAUGUCAUCCUUUCAAGCUAUUGUACAAAUGACGAAGAGAGAAACGAAAGAAGAGAGAAAUGUGAUCUAGAAAACAAGCGUUUAAAAUGUACUUUAAAACAAAAAAGAUGCCAUUUAUCGAUUCGUUGAUAUUUUCGGAUGAAAAAAAAGCGAAAGACGAUCAAAGACGUCGUUUAUUUUAUUAAUAAAAAAAAAAGAUAAAGAGAAACGAAAAGCUGGAAGAUCGAAGAACUCUUUCGCGUGAAACGUAGUUUGCGAUCAACGAGUGGCUGGAUUGCGCGACUUUUCCUCCUCGAUGAUUAACAAAAAGAAAGAAAGAAAAAAAACGAAAAAAAAACACAGAUGAUACAAGAAGAGAAGCAGUCGGAGAAAAAAAAAUCAUUAUUUACACGUAUAAACAGAACACAAUUUUGUGUCCGUAGCACUGUGAUGAAUAUUUUGAUAGACUAUAAAGAGUAAUUAUUAUAAAAAGUAUCUAUUUGAAGUAGCGAGUAUCUCCUAGAUGGUAAUUAAUUAAUAACUGUAAUAAUGUCGUACGAGGAAUGUAACCGAGCGUAAUUUACUAACCGUAAAGAAUUACACACACCUUUCGCAGAUUCA